AUUGAUUGUUGCUCGGUGAAGAAGCAGGGUUGGGUCCUCGGAAUUUCAUACAGAGCCAGUUUUCUGCAACUGCGGCUGUACCACGCAUUUCUUUAGCUAUUUCAGAUAAACAGGAUAUCGAGGCGCAUGCAGCGCUUAUUUUUUAACGAGUAGCUAGCUAGUAAGGGGGGGUUGAACCAAUUUAAAGCAGGUGUCGGUGACCUAGCAAGCUCGUACAUUCAUUUUCGACGAAAGCAAAAAGAGUGCGAAUGACGAGAACGCAUUAACUAAACUAGUUUUCAAUAGGUAACCUAACUAGGGAGUUUGCUCGCUGAAAUAUAACCAGACAUGGACGACAAGUCAUUCACUAAGGAAUUGGAUGGGUGGAUUGAGCAACUCGGCGAAUGCAAACAGCUCUCGGAAAAUCAAGUCAAAGCCCUUUGCGAGAAGGCCAAAGAGAUUCUGACGAAGGAGUCUAAUGUGCAGGAGGUGAGAUGUCCGGUCACCGUGUGCGGAGAUGUCCACGGACAGUUCCAUGACUUGGUGGAGCUGUUUAAAAUCGGAGGGAAGUCUCCGGACACCAACUACCUCUUCAUGGGAGACUAUGUGGACAGGGGCUACUAUUCUGUAGAGACAGUCAGCCUCCUAGUAUCUCUCAAGGUGAGGUACCGUGAGCGAAUCACAAUCCUUCGAGGGAACCACGAGAGCAGACAGAUCACCCAGGUGUACGGCUUCUACGACGAGUGUUUAAGGAAAUACGGAAACGCCAACGUCUGGAAGUACUUCACAGACUUAUUUGACUAUCUGCCCCUCACUGCACUGGUAGAUAACCAGAUCUUCUGUCUCCACGGUGGACUGUCCCCCUCUAUAGACACACUGGAACACAUCAGAGCGCUGGAUCGCUUACAGGAAGUUCCUCAUGAGGGUCCGAUGUGUGACCUGCUGUGGUCAGACCCUGAUGACCGUGGCGGCUGGGGCAUCUCUCCCCGCGGUGCCGGCUACACCUUUGGACAGGACAUCUCAGAGACUUUCAACCAUGCUAACGGACUCACCCUGGUCUCCAGAGCUCACCAGCUGGUCAUGGAGGGUUAUAACUGGUGCCAUGACCGUAACGUAGUGACUAUCUUCAGUGCACCCAAUUACUGCUAUCGCUGUGGAAACCAGGCCGCCAUCAUGGAGCUGGAUGACACACUCAAGUACUCCUUCCUUCAGUUCGACCCCGCCCCUCGCAGAGGUGAACCCCAUGUGACCCGCCGCACUCCUGACUACUUCCUGUAAAAGAUCCCAAUGCCUCUGAAGUAUUGCUCUAGAUUCUUCUUCGUGAAGAAGUGGGAGGAGGGAGCAUCGGUAUAGAGUUGUGACAAAGUAAGCAUCCAUCAAUCCAUGGACCAAAAUGUGUGCCACAAUUUCACAAAAUGCAAAAUGUAAAAAAAUGUCACAUUCAUCUUUAAAGAAGACCACACAACCGACACCCACCACAGUCCAUGGAACCAGUUCCUUCUCUCUCUGUGCAUGAUGUUAUAUUUAUCUCUGAAAAUGAUUCUUCAUUGUAAAGAUUACAGUGUACUAUAUAGUAAUAGGGUGCCAUUUUGGAAGCAGACAGUCUCAUAGUACCUGCUGGUUUUGUCAGGAAAAAGAUCUGCUUUGAAUGAAUUAAUCUGCUGAGAUUAAGGCUUAAAUGUAACCCUUGUGGUAGGAACAUAAUUCUAGUAUAGAAAAGUUUUGGUAAACCUAACUCAGCAUGGCCUCAAACUGGAAGGUUGCAGUAAACAAACAUGUUAUGUUGUGAACAUUUUUCUAACAGAAAUUCAAUGGCUUUUUUUUGUGUGUGAAUUUUAAAUAAUUGUUUUCAGACUUG